AUGGAGCCAGAGAAAAUAUUGGAAGAAAAUUUAUUGGAACAUGAUUUGCAUGGCUCCAAUGCAUUAAUUCUUCCAACAUCCAAAAUAGAGAGGAAAAGAAUACAUCAAGAAAAUAAUCCAAAUUGUGAUCCGAGUAGUGGGAAACUAGAGAAAAAGAAGAAAAUGAGCAAUAGAAAGAGAAGGAAAUUAAAACAACUGGAAGAGAAGAAAAGAUUAAAUAAACUACAUGAAGAUUUAACAAAUGAUUUAAAGAAGUAUACUUUGAGUAAUGAAGAGCUUCAGCUUAUGAUGAGUAUCACAAAUUCUAGAAUGAACAAUAAACAGAAACAAAUUCUUAGAAGUAGAUACUUGGCAGCAAAUUUAGAAUUACCAAAUUUUCUUAAGUUAAAAGAUCCGCCAUCUAGACCAAAAAUAGAUUAUUCAGAAACAAUAUUAGAAUCUGAUUCAGAUUCUAGCUCAAGCUUAGAUUUGGAUCCAUGCUCAGGCCCUAGCCAUGAGCAAGAUAAAGAUCAAUGUCAAGAUCUUGAAAUGGAAGUUAAAACAGUCUCUAAUGUUAAUAUUGAUUCUAAUUCUAAUUCUAAAUUGGAAUUAAACAGUAGAGGUCAAGACAAGGAAAUUGUGGAAGAUAGUCAGAAAAAUGGAAAUAAAAGUUACAUAAGAAAAUAUACAUCACUUGUAAUAAAUAAUGAUAAUGACAGACCAUCUAUAAAUAGAACUCCAGAAAUAGAGUUUCAACGUUCUGAAUUGCCAGUGAGAGUCUAUGAAUUUGAGAUUUUAGAUGCAGUUGAAAAUAAUGAUGUAACUAUAGUGACAGGAGCAACUGGUAGUGGUAAAUCUACUCAAGUACCUCAGUUACUAUAUGAGGCAGGGUACUGUCAAAUAAAGAAAGAAAGUAGCACUGUAAAUGAAGGAGGAAAAAGAUUUAUGAUAGGUUUAACACAACCAAGAAGGAUUGCAGCUACAUCCCUGAGUAACAGAAUAGGUGAGGAGUUGAAUGAUCCAAAAGUGGUUGGGUACCAGAUACGUUAUGAUAAGAAGAAUUGUACUAAAGAUACAGUAAUUAAAGUGAUGACUGAUGGUGUUUUAUUACAAGAGAUACAAAAGGAUUUAUUAUGUUCAAAGUAUACUGUGAUACUAAUAGAUGAAGCACAUGAGAGAACAGUAAAUACUGAUAUUUUGAUAGGAUUAUUAUCGAGAAUAGUAAUAUUUAGGAGAGAGGAAUAUAAUAGAAAGAUUAAAGAGGGAUUGGAAGAUAUAUUACCACCAUUAAAACUUAUAAUCAUGUCUGCAACUUUGAGAGUUACUGACUUUUCUGAAAAUCCUAAAUUAUUUUCUAAACCUCCUCCUGUUAUUAAUAUAGAAACUCCAAACUUCCCUGUUACACUUCAUUUCGCUAAGAAUACUCCUAAAGAUUAUAUAUCAGCAGCCUAUAAGAAGAUUCAGCAAAUACAUAAUAGACUUCCUCCAGGUUCUAUUCUUGUUUUUGUAACAGGGAAAAAAGAAGUCAAUAUUUUAGUAAAUAUGAUCAACAAAAAAAGAACCAAAGCAAAGAGAAACACUGUAUUAGAUCAAAUAGGGAACUCAAAACUUAAUAUGCUUUUGGAUUUUACGGAAAAUAACCUUGAGGAAGAGGAAAUAGAGGAUGGAGAUUUAGAAGAUGAAGAUUUAGAGGAUGAAAAUUUAGAAGAGGACUUAGAAGAUGAAAAUUUAGAGGAUGAGAGUUUAGAGGAAGACUUAGAAGAUGAAGACUUAGAAUUUGAGGAACAAGAUGAUGAAGAAUCAAAGGAUAAAGAAGAAAAAGAUGAGGGGAAAAUUGAUGAGGAAAAAAAGAACGUUUGGGAAAUUUUUGGUAAAAAGGACAACAGAAAACGAAAAAUAAGGCUUCAUAAGGACGUAGACUCAUCUGUAUGGAAAGGAGGAGGAGUUCUGGAAGAAAGUGAGGCGGAAGAUGGAAAAACCAAAGAUGAUGGAGAUCAAAAAGAAGGAGAAAACAAAGAGAAGGCAUUAGAAAAGGUAAAGAUUCAGUUAAAGGCCAUCCCAUUAUAUGCAUCCAUGAGCUUUGAUGAACAAAAAAAAGCCUUCAAGUUACCUGAAUCUAAUAAUAUAAGACACGUAAUCAUUUCAACAAAUGUUUCUGAAACCUCGAUAACUAUUCCAAAUGUAAGAUACGUAAUAGAUACAGGGAAAGAGAAGAGAAGAGAGUACUCCAAAGGUUCAGAAUCCUCACGUUUUGUUGUGGAAUGGAUUUCAAAAGCCUCAGCAAGUCAGAGGUCUGGAAGAGCAGGAAGAGUUGGUCCAGGGCAUUGUUACAGACUUUAUUCAUCGGCAAUAUAUGAAAAUGUAUUUUCAAAGUUUGCUCCUAUUGAUAUUUUGUCAAUACCUUUGGAUUCUGUACUGUUAUAUAUGCAUUCCUUGGGGAUACCAGAUAUUGUGGAUUUCCCAUUUCCCACGCCUCCUGAGAAAUCACAAAUAGACAAGGCAUAUGAGCUUUUAACCAUCCUUGGAUCAGUUGAGAGUAAGAAAUCUAAAUAUGUAUUAACUAAUCAAGGAAUUUCUCUUUCAAACUUUCCAUUAUCACCUAGAUAUGCAAAGAUAUUACUUCUUGCCACUGCCUACAUAAGAAAAAACAUGCUAGAAGAAGAUUUGAAAUUUUCCAUAGAACUUUUACAACAAGUUUCUAUAUUAGUUUCUUAUCUUGCUAUUGGAAAUCUCAGAGACGAAAGCUUUUCAUCAAUUAUUCAAGAUAAUCAGAAUAAAGAUUUAAAGAAUGUCUCUGGUCAAAAUUCGAAUGAUGAAUUUGAGUCUCUUCCUACCAACCUAGGAAAUGAUAUUGAGCUUAAUUUAUGGUUUUGUAUUAAAUAUUUGGAAUAUUAUGGUUCAGGUACAAAGAAAGAAAGGUCUUUCUCAGAAAAUUUCUGUAAGAGAUUUGAGUUAAAUUCAAGAGGAAUGUCUGAAAUUAGGCUAAUGUCAAUACAAUUAUUUAAUAUUACAAAAAAGAAAUAUUUGGAUGGAUUAAUGCAAUUUGAGGCUAAUUUACAUAUUAAAUGGCCUCCAAAACAUCCAAACUUUACUCAAAAACACUUAUUACGUACUUUUUUCAUCUCAUGCUUUAUUGAUCAUAUUGCAAUCAGAAAUGAUGGUAAUUUGAUUUCCAAAAUUUCAUACCAAAUCCCUAAUGAUUAUUCAAACAGUUAUUCUGCUUUUAUUCACCCAAAAAGCAUUUUAAUAAGUACAAAACCUAAAUUUCUUAUUUACAGUCAAGUGAUAACUUCCUCAGAUAAUAAUAGACAUAAUCUCUGUGAUUGUCUAUUAUUAACUACCGACGAUAUUUCCAAGGCAACCUCUCUUAAACAUCCCCUUAUAGAUUGUUCAAAAAUUCUAAGUUUCCCAACUCCUUACUAUAGCAUAGAAAAUGAUUCCAUUGUUGGGUACUGCACUCCUAAAUAUAGGAAUAAAUCGGUUAUUAUUGACCUCCCUUCAUCAGAAAUCAAACUUGGAGCCAAUAAUAACAUUACUUUUGAAAUUUUUGCUAGAGCUAUCUUAAAUGGGCAAGUAUUUAGAGAAUUUAAUAACCCAAGAAUAUUGAAGAACCUCAAAUCCAAAAACAAUAAUUCCAACUACUUUAAGCUUUUAGUUCAUACACUUGAAGAAAAUGUGAUUUUCAGCAAAUCUGGACUAAUAUCUAAAUUCAAAUCCAAGAGAGACUUUUUACUUAAAAAUAUUCUACAAUUAUACGAAAUAACAGUACAUAAUGAUAUUAGGAGUUUCUGGCCUCCGACUAAAUAA